AUGACAAUAACAACUGAAGUAUUUGGGGAGAUUUUGGCAAAGUACUUUGACCGCAACUUGCCUGCCAGAAUAGGCAUUGGACUCUCGGGCGGACCCGAUUCGAUGCUUGUGACCUAUCUACUCAAGGAAUUCAAUCAACAGCGAUCGCCAAGAAACAGAAUAGAAGUGCAUGCUAUAACCAUAGAUCACAAUUACAGGCGCGGCUCGACUGAGGAGGCUAGAAGCCUAACUGCUCAGCUUGAAAAAUGGGGUGUGAACCAUGUUGUGAAGACGCUAGACUAUGGCAAUGUCGAUCCAAGAACCAUUUCAAAUUUUGAAGAAGUGGCCCGGUUCAAGCGGUACGAGGCAAUAAACGCAAUCUGUAACGAGAAGGCCAUCCCGUAUGUGUUUUUGGGACACCACAAUGACGAUCAAGUGGAAACCUUCAUUCAGAGACUACAGGGCAACUCGUCGAUUUACGGGCUAGCAUGCACAAGAGCCAUCUCGCCGUUGCCCACCAGCAAGGACUUGUCGCCAUGCGAGCUGGAACGGCUGAAGCCGGUCCAUUUGGCUCGUCCUUUGCUAAGUUUUGACAAAAGUGCCAUUGUGGAGGCGUGCGAGAAAUAUGGCGUUUCUUUCGUUACUGACAUCACGAACAAGGACCCCAAUCUCACCAGACGCAAUUAUUUGAGACACUUGUUUAACGAAAUACUACCUGAAAUGCAUCUGGUGAACGUGGAAUCAGGAGUCUCCGGAAAAGGCUUCCGCUUUGCAUCAGUUUUAAAGAAUGAAUUGUCAAACUCGCAAGGUCAAUGCCUUGAUCUAGUAGAAUCGUUCGAAAGCAAAGCUGAUACCUUGCAUCGACAAUUGCUUGCGGAAAACAAAAUUUGGGAGGAAAAACAGUUUGGGCGUUUGUCCUUGGAAUUACCGGCAAAGUGUUUUCUAGAGCCUCAUAACCUUGUCACGAGCAGAUUCUUCUAUCAGAUGCUCUACCCCUACUGCACUUUGAAGCACUACCAUUGGGCCUAUGCCAAGCUCGAGCGAAAUGUGAUGCCGCAAAUUGAGCAAUUUUUGAGCCAAAAGAAUAACCCUUUGGAUAGUUGCUCGAUAAACAUGAUGAACUUGAUGUUUCGAAUCAGCAAGAUCGAAAAUGGUUCUCUGCUCCGCAUUGAAAUCUCGCGGGCGCCGUUGACUAGAGACGAGGCCAAAUUCGAAACAAGGGUAACGCUUCAAGAUACCUGGAGCAAAUGGGUAUUGUUUGACCAAAGGUUUUGGCUCUCCCUCAGAUCAAAUGCAAGGCCUAUGAAAGUCGUUCAAAUCGUGCCGUACAACCACAAGCUGCAAAGCCAAGUCAUCGACGCUGACUUGAAGAGAUACACUCCUGUACAAAUAAACCAGAGCUUAAACACGCUACCGGUAGUGGUUAUUGACGGGGUGGUUCUGGCUUUCCCAACGUUGGAUCUCGCGUGCCCUGGCGUUGAUAUCCGGUGGCAGAUGAAAGAAAAUCGGUUCAGCUACUGCAACCCCAAACGCUUCGAUUCGGUGUGA